AUGUCCAUCAGUACAUCACUAAGCCGAAGUAAACUAGUUAGGGCUAAAGGCACGAAAUUCGAAUACGCUUUGGAAUACUUUGAUCUUGUGUUGUGGUCCCUUCGCGAGUGUAUUGGCCGCUUGCACUUGGGUUAUAAGUGUGACCCGCGGUUAGGAGUCUCGGUCUCACAACCGCAAGCCGAGAGGUAUCUACUAACUGGGAAGCAUGGUGGAGAUGCACUAAAGGCCAACGUGACGCUCCUUGGUGACAAUGUCAUUCAAGCGGAGGUUGCGAUACGACACCCGAAAGCCUCUGGAGGUAUGUUUAGGGCCAUCGCACAGCCAGACGUCCAGUGGAAAUUGCAACAGCUGCAGGACUUAGGAAAUCAUAUAACCCGGGCGUCGAAAUUGUUAUUCGAAGCGGAUCGACGAUUAUUCGAGCUCUCUCAAUCUGAGCAAUUCACCCUGGAAUCUGGUGAACUGGUGUUGUCUGCAGCGAAAGCCGCUAGAACAGAAAUCUCUGCUGCUCGAAAUGCCAUUGUCUUGCCAAGAAGGAAAUCGUUGCUGGAAUUGAGUCAAUUUCCGCCUACACGUCGGUUUAAUCCUGCCCUACCACAAGAUCAACUCCUUUCUUUUUACAUAUCUAGCUGCAGACUUGUCUGCGCCUCAUAUCAUAUGACCCCAAAGCAAUCAGCACUGCAGGGACUUUCCAUGACGAUAACAAUAGCAGAGUGUCAUUUGCCAUAUUUAGAGGAAGUGUUGCAGCAACUCGAUUUGGCCAUGACACAGUUUGAGAAGCUUAUAGGAAACAUGGAGAUGUGCCAACCUCGGUAA